CACCUUUCAUGAGCUGUCCGCAAUUUGGUUCCCGCAUGUGUGGGCGUGACGCACAUUUCUAUUGAGGCCAGCCCUCAUAAAUAUUGCUGACUGAAGAUACCGCGGCAUGUCUUGACCGUCACAAAGAACCAAAUCCUUGCGCAUUUCCCCAGCGUGCGCCGUCGCCUCCCUUCAACAUUGCGACAGAGCAUCCAGCUACAUAUCAUGGCGACAUCAAGUGCAAAAACGGCUCCCGUAGCCAGCGAACCCACCAAUUCCCCGACAGCCCGAAAAUUCAAGGCUUCCGACCUCCCCUUGCCUUCCGCCACACGAGCCGCGAUCGAGUCCCUCGCUCAUAGUUUCAAGAAGGAAGGCGCAUACGAUACUAUUCGCAAGCAAGUCUGGGACAAAUUUGAAGCUAGCGACUAUGAGGCUCAAGUGACGAAGGCCAUCCUUGAAGUAGCCGAACAAGAGCUUGAGCGGAACCCACAGCAGCUUCUUACUCUAGACCGGAGAAAGGCUGCAGCUCUCAUCGAUGGCGCUCUGGAGCGCUCCGGGGUUUACCAGAAAGCCGAGGCUGUCAUUGGCCAACUGAUUGAUGAUGGCGCGAUUGAAGAGCGCAUUCGCGAAACUCGGCGAGCGGAGCUCGGUGAAGAAGCAGCCGAAGCAGAGAGAAUCAAAGGAGCCAGAACAGACGAGGAAUAUGCCGCCGACACCAAAGCCAGACGUGCAGAACGCGAACGAGUACGAGAGGAGCUGCGACAAAAAGAACUUGCGAUCGAAGAAGAGAAGCGGAGAAUUGUCAAAGAGGAGCGCAAAAAGGAAGAACGAGAGCGUGAGAAGGCAGAACUCAAGCGACAAGAUGAGAGAGACGAGCGACGGAGGAAGCGCGAAGAAGAACGUGAGGAACGCGAGCGACUCCGUGAUCUUGAAAGGGACAAGAGACACAAGGAACGCGAGAAGCGAGACCACGAUCGAGACCACGAUCGAGACACCCGAGAUCGCGAUAGGGACCGAAAUCGCGACCGAGACUAUGACCGAGACCGUGGUCGUGACCGUGAUCGCAACAGAGACAGGGAUAGGGAUAGCCGUCCCAAGGAAACGGGGGUCAUUUCCGAGGAACUCAAGGAAAAGUUGACAAAGGAAGAUCAUGAAAGACUAGAGCAAGAAGCUCUAGCGGAUCUUCUUCGCGAAAGCUCCAAACCACCCCCCAAACAGCCAGAACUGGAGGUUGAUGCGACCCUUGCACCUCCACCGAGGAAAUCCGGUCCCGCGUCGGCCAUCAAUCCUAUCAGAGGAGAUUCGUCUCGGGGUACAGACCGCCGAAAGCAUAGCGACACCGGUCUCAAACCAGAACGAGGAGGCUCCAGAGGACCUGUUGAUGCUAAGCGCCCUGUCUCAAGGGAUGAGAGGAAGUCUAGCCGCAGUGUCUCGCGAGUUGUGGACCGAGAUCGCGAGCGUGGCCGCGAUCAGGAUCGUGACCGCUUAAGAGAUCGGGAUAGCCGACGGGAUAGUCGACAACGAACUGACCGCCGAUCACACUCCCCACGACGCGAUCCUAGCAGGUCCCGAGUUACGGAGAGACGUGAUAGAAGCCGGUCGCGCGUCAGACGAGAUAGGACUCGUUCCCGCGCCCCCCGGAGAGAGGAUCGCCCUGAAAGGAGUCGGUCUCGGCCCAAAUACGACCACUACGAGCGGAGCAGGUCCAGACGACGCGACCAGAGCCGGUCUCAUGCCAGAGUUGACAGAAGAGAGAGAAGCAGAUCCAGGACGAGAACGAACCGCCGCGAGCGAAGUCGAGACCGACGAGACCCGUCACGGUCCAGGUUGCGCUCCCCAAGACGGGAUAGGACCCGAUCGCGCAACCGCAGGGACCGGAGCCGUUCUCGAGAGCCCCGCCUAGGUGGAGGAGACCACUACGAUCCUAGGGAACGAGAUCGCGAACGGGACCGCGAUCGUGACCGGAAGGACCGCUCGCCGCCGCGACGACGGAGUAGGGAUACCGCCCGCGAACCCGACCGAGAACGGGACCGAAGAAGCCGAUCCCGAUCCAAGCCCAGCACAUCCGUUGCGCCAGCCGGCUCGACCAAGGGGGGCAAGGAUGACCUUGAGGAAUGGAAACUUGAGGAAGUCAGAAAGCGAGAAAAGGAGGCCAAGGCUUACCUAGCCGCCCAAAAAGAUGCUAGAGACAAGGGCCUCCCGAUUCCUGGACUUGACGACAAGAAGAGCAGUGGUGAGAGAUCUCCCGACUUACGCCGCCGCUGGACCACGGAAGAUAUUGACAGAUAUACGCCUGGAGGCCGAGAUGAACGCCGGAGAAGUCGCUCGCGCAGCCGAAGCCGGCAGCGGGGCGGAGACAAAGACACAGAUCGCGAUAGGGACAGAUACCGCGAACGAGAUGACAGAGACCGUGAUCGGGACCGAGAGCGACGGGAACGGGAUAGGGAUAGGGACCGCGACCGGGAUAGGGACCGCGAUCGUGACCGUCGGGAUCGAGAUCGAGACAGAGACCGGGAGAGAGACAGAGAUCGGGACAGGUCAAGGGAUAGGAGAAAUAGGAGGGAACGGAGUUUGUCUCCACGCCGGGAUCGGCGCGAUCGAAGUCGCAGCCGUCGGCGAAGUCGAAGCCGUUGAUUUCUUGGGGAUAGUGUCAAGAUGAUGGAUAGGAACUAGUAACUUACAGAUACCCAUUGGAGUUGCAUUACUUGCGGAGGCCAAUUUCGAGAGGAUAAUAACAUAGUAGUGGUUAAGUGUAGCGAAACAUAUCAAUCACUGGAGUUUGGGAAAGCAACAUGUAUGUGCCUGACGGCGAUGAACUAUUCAUUAUCUAUUGUUCUAUAAACCAAAC